ACAAUGGGCGGGAGAGAUCGGGCAAGACGAAAGACACUAGAAACCCACUCAAUAAGUGCCUCACACUGAGUGAGAGAGUGAACAGGGUUAAGUACUAAGCAGGACAGGUGCAUCAUGUUCAGUGCCUUGAUUCUGCCGUGUUCACACGCGGGACGUGACAGUUGUGGUGUUCAGUGUGGGGUAUUUCAAGUAAUUCAACAAAACUGCAACGUGAUUAACAAUUAGCACGUUCAGCAACUGUUUGACCUCUUUGGUACAUUAUAUGAUCAGUGUAAAGGAAUCACGUGACCCCCGAAAACCCUUAAAUCUGAGUUGUAUAAUUGGAGAGUAAGAGUGUAUUUUUAUUGACUUUGUCAUUAGAGAAGAAAAAUGAUGUAGCUGAACAUUUGCGAGGCUGAUGCAUGCUGCCCCCCAUACUUACCAAAAUUGUAAAUAAUUAAAAAAAUAUUUCUUGCCCAUAAAAAGUAUCAGAUAUUAUUGAAGUGAAAUCUGGUAAAAUGCAUAAAAGGUCUUUACUGUUAAUGGGAAAUUUCAUAUUUUCUUUGGAGCAGAAGGCAUGAAAUCACUAUAAUAGAGCUUUGCGCUUUCACUAAAUACCAUGAAAAGCAUGAAACUCCAGUGUUCACCUCUGAAUUUGGCUUUUGAUGUUUUUUUUACUAGCACUAGUGAUGCUACCUAGCAAGCAUGGACUGCCAUUAAUUACAGUACAAACAUCCCUUAUAAGGACAGGCCUGCAGACACGUAGCCACAUUUCAAAAAACGUGUUAGAAACCUCCCUGAGAAUUUUUUUGGUCCCGACCAGGAACUUAACAAGGUAGUAAAACUGUGAGUUUGAAUUUCCCUCAAAAUGUGUAUUGCGGUCUGUGAAAUCUAUAGAGGGACGCCCCCACCGGUGAAAUUUACCCCAACGACCUAUAGGUAGGGUUGCCAGAUCCCCCAAGGAAUUUAUGUCUGGCUACGGGCCUGGCCUUAUGUGUUGGUGUCCAUGACCCGUUCAGGUGCACAAGGCAAGACUUCUGUUUGGAAUCUUUCAAAAUGUUCACAUACAGCAUUGGUGGGAAGGAGAAACUAGGACUAUACGUUUUGAUACAGCCCACAUUUUUGCCUUUUCAUCCUCCAGGGAAUAAAAAGCAACGCAAUGAAUCACUUUAUCCACUGGUUUUAUUUUUUUCCACUUCGAUCUCUUCUCUGUGAUUGUAUAAUUUCAGCUCUGCAAUGUGAAAAACACCUCAACUGACACACAUUCACAGAGCAUUGCCCCCUGAAGGUGUUCUGACUUGCUGGCAGAAGAAAGUCACUUAUAUUCCGGUUCACUAGAUACAUCGUGUCACUUUUGAAAAGCUCAUCAUUAGGAUACUGUUUCAAUUAACCCCUAAAUCUUCUACUGCCAAACCAUGUUGCUGACAUGCCUGUGUUCCAGUGAGGGCAUGAUUUGUUAAUAUACAGACUCAGAGGCUUUAAGACCCAAGUCUGGCUCUGGUCAACAAGGUGAUAACACACGAAUACAAGGCAAGUGGAAAUAUAGAAUUCAAAAUCCACUACUGCUUGUUUUUAAUAUUUUUUUUUCCUUGUAGAUGCCGGUACAGAUAUUGAGUGCGUCACUGGCAAUUGCUCUUUGACAUUUGGCAGUUAAACAAAGACGAGGAAGUUGGUUGCUACUUCUGAGAAGCAAGUAGAGAAUCCAGAACUGUCUGCGUUGCCCCACGUGCCCUGGCUUACGGCGGAGCCGACGCUGGCUUUCAACCAGAUGUUGACGAGCGGGCCGAGCCUUCAGGUGUAGCCGUCGCCCGUGAGAGCCUUUCGCCUUGCAGGGGCCCUGAGACGCCCAGCCUGCUGCCCGCCAACAAACCGAACUCCCUCGCUAUUAGCUGAAGAAAUCCACGGCAUAGCGGUGAGCGGAAUACACGUCCAUCAUAUUCAUUGUGCACCAACGUAUCCCCAGCACAGACAAGCCCAUUCCUCUGCUGAGGUGCAGCCUCUCCGCACUCCUGACGGACAGAGACCCUGACUGACAGUCACGCAGGCUCGCUAUGAUAGACCAAGCCUCUGAGCUGCCCUUCUACUAUGGCAGCAUCAGCCGCGCCGACGCGGAGGAGCAGCUGAAGCUGGCAGGGAUGUCGGACGGGCUCUUCUUGCUGCGACAGUGCCUGCGCAGCCUGGGCGGCUACGUGCUGUCCAUCGUGUGGAACCUGCAGUUCUAUCACUACUCCGUGGAGAAGCAGCUCAACGGCACCUAUUGCAUCUCAGGCGGCAAGGCGCACUGCGGCCCAGCUGAGCUCUGCGAGUACUACAGCAAGGACGCAGACGGGCUGGUGUGCAGCCUGCGCAAGCCGUGCCUGCGCAACCCCGACAUACCCAUCCGCCUGGGCAUCUUCGACAGCCUGAGGGACAACAUGAUGCGCGAGUACGUGCGGCAUACCUGGAACCUGGAGGGCGAGGCCAUGGAGCAGGCCAUCAUCAGCCAGGCCCCGCAGCUCGAGAAGCUGAUCGCCACCACUGCCCACGAGAAGAUGCCUUGGUACCAUGGCAAGAUCUCGCGCAUGGAGGGCGAGCGUCGCCUUUACUCCGGGGUGCAGCCCGACGGAAAAUUCUUAGUGAGAGAGAGAGAAGAAUCUGGGACCUUCGCCCUUUCGAUCAUGUACGGCAAAACCGUCUAUCAUUACCAGAUUCUGCUGGACAAGUCAGGGAAGUAUUCUAUGCCGGAGGGAACCAAGUUCGAUACUGUUUGGCAGCUGGUGGAGUAUCUGAAGCUGAAGCUGGACGGCGUGGUGACGAUUCUGCGGGAACCCUGCGUGAACCCCAACUGCACCGACGUUCCUGUUUUACCCACCGCAAGACGGCUUCGUCCCAAUGGAUACACGCCGGCACCUGGAAUUCCCGCCGCUGCUGCUCCUAUCGACCGGCGUCAGAUGCCGAUGGACACCAGUGUGUACGAGAGUCCCUACAGCGACCCUGAGGCUCUGAAGGAGAAGAAGCUGUUCCUCAAGAGGGACCAGCUGAUGAUCGACGAGGUGGAGCUGGGAUCAGGCAACUUUGGCUGCGUCAGGAAAGGGGUGUAUAAGAUGAAAAAGAAGCAAAUCGACGUAGCUAUCAAGGUGCUAAAGAACGAAAAUGAGAAGUCGGUGAAGGACGAAAUGAUGAAGGAGGCAGAGAUCAUGCACCAGCUGGACAAUCCUUACAUCGUUCGCAUGAUCGGGCUCUGUGAGGCAGAGCAUCUCAUGUUGGUGAUGGAAAUGGCACCUGCCGGGCCACUCAACAAGUUCCUGUCCACAAAGAAAGAGCAACUCAACAUGGAGAACGUGGUGGAGCUAAUGCACCAGGUCUCCUUGGGCAUGUUGUAUUUGGAAGAAAACAACUUUGUGCACAGGGACCUGGCCGCACGUAACGUUCUGCUGGUGAACCAGCACUACGCCAAGAUCAGUGACUUCGGCCUCUCCAAGGCCCUGGGAGCCAACGACAGCUAUUACAAGGCUCGCACAGCAGGGAAGUGGCCGUUGAAGUGGUACGCCCCGGAGUGCAUCAACUUCCACAAGUUCUCCAGCAAGAGUGAUGUCUGGAGUUUCGGCAUCACCAUGUGGGAAGCCUUUUCUUAUGGGGGGAAACCUUAUAAGAAAAUGAAGGGUCCUGAGGUCAUCAGUUUCAUAGAGAGUGGGACUCGCAUGGAUUGUCCCACUGGGUGUCCAGACGUGAUGUAUGCUCUGAUGAAAGACUGCUGGACAUACAAGCAUGAAGAGAGGCCUGGUUUUGUCAAGGUCGAGGAACGCAUGCGGACAUACUACUACUCCAUAUCCAAAAAGACCACUGCAAGCACUGAGGCAGGAGCUUCUGCUGAAGCAGCGGAACCAUAGACCAGGACUUAGAGCCAGUCUGGCUUUUGGCCUGUCCACCAAUUACGCAGCUUGAUGCUAUGAUUAGCCUGUUCUUCAGCUGUAACCUAUGCUGUGUAAAACUGUAGCAUUGGCUAGACCAACGAACGCUGUGUUGAUUGAACAGAAGGCUUGUGCAUUCAAUGAAAGUUCUAUUUGUUUUGUCCGUACUUAUUAUGGGGUGGUAAAGGUGACUUGGUUAGGCAUUGAGUAAGGCUAAGGAACAAAAUGUAUUGUGAAUUGGUAAUCUCAGUGUUUUAAUGUUAUAUUGUUUCAAGCAGUUUUGCUAAGACCGACCUAGCAGGAGAAUAAGUGUAAAUGAAGUUUAUUGACAGUUCAAAUACUUCUCUUUCACAAAAUGUCAGUAAAAUUAUUACCUAUUAACUUACAAGUGUUGUAACAGCGACAUCUGCUGGUCGAUAAUGAAGAAUUGCACCUUAGCAACAGGCAAACUAUACUGUACAGCAUUGCUUUUAGUGUCCAUCCAUAUUUGUAGGAUGAAUGUUGAUGAACGAAUCGAAUAUUUACUGUAUUAUGAAUGUGCAUUAUAGGUAUUUUAAGGUAGGACCAAUAAUCUCCUGUAAUAGAUUAUCCGAAAUAAAAACUUAAUCUUUAUUAGUGUGCUGACAGCAUUGCGUAAGAAAGGUGUUGCUUUUUGGUAAAAAAAAAAAAAACUUUGACAACUGUAGUCCAGAAUUCAUAAAUCGCUCUAAUGUUGCUAUUUUUAUAUUUGAGCUGUUUUAAUUAGAUGGGUACGUUUGCAUUUGUUUUCAAGUUUUUUUCUUGUAUUUGAUAACAUUUAAAUAAAAUGCUUAAAUUUGUGUA